CAAAUUUAUGUGGAGCAGAGUAUGUAGAGGGUUGUGCGAGGGUUUGUUCUAAUAUGUUGGAUCGUUUGGGGGAGUUUUUGGUUGCCAUCUAGGGAUAGGACCGCUCCGCUCUUCACUUGACGGUUUGGUGAGUAGUAUUCUAGACGUCCAGACAUGAAGUUGGUUUCUCGUUCUAAAACAGUCUGCAGUGCGACAUUAUCCACGGCCGUUUUUUCUUCACGUUACGCCUAACCCAACCGUUCAGAUUACUUCAGCACGACACCAUCAUUGGGUUUUUUUUUGGUGAUGUUUCGAAAACACUUUGUUUAGUCGAGUCGGCUCACCUUUUUGUUGCAUCGCAAUCCACAAAACUCGACUCUCAUUUCCAUUAGGAUCGCGAGAGAGAAGAGGGGGUAAAAUCGAUCGUCGAUCGCAACGUCCAUAGCGGUACUCGUAGAUAUCAGGUGUUGUUCUGGAGGAGUGGUUGUUUGCUCGAGUUGUCCUGUAUGUAAAUUUGUCCCUGGUCACUCGAAGAAGAAGAUCAGGACAGCAACGCGUUUGGUUAUUCAUAGAUUUGCUUCUUGAAGGACAAACCUGAUGGGUUUACCCCGUCUGGCAGUGUCGUCCUCAUCAGCAGCAGCAGCAGCAGCAGCACAAUGGCCUCUGAAAUGGAUGAGCACAAGGCCUCAUUAAGGGAGAAUGUCCUUUUCUAUGUGACGGCCUUCUUCUGCUUGGUGGCCGUCUUCAGCCUUUUCAUUUUCCUAUUCCUGGUGCCGUUCUUCAUCGAGCCGGCCCUGGCCACCAUUUACAUGGAGUUUGAUCCGGAGCCAGUCAUCUGUGAAACGACCGAGGCCAGCUUCCAUCGCGGCCUGUCCAACUGCCAGUGGAGCUCGUGCCGGGAAGGCUGCACCAAGGAAGUCUACGAGUGCUGGCACAUUCGGGUGCGAUAUCGCAGUCCGGUGCCAGUCGGCGACGCCGAUGCCCGCUCCGUUCGUGAUCGCAUCGUCCAGCACAAGUCAUCCAUGGCCUAUUCGCCGCUCAGUGAGCAGAGAAGCGUCAAGAGCAGCGUCUACACCAAAGGCCAGCAGCAGCAGCAGCAGCAGAGCUUUCCCAUGUCGCCCAGCAACGGGUUAUUCGGGAUGGGCGCCUCUUCAUCCGCCAGCAGUUACGACGAUCGGAUUCAAUCCGUCCUGCCGGAAGAAGACGAGAAAGAGGGGGCGUACGCCUUGGCGGAUGAAGGUGGCGAAGGGCUGCACGUCCACGAGGCCCGGCUGCAGCCCAACGUCAAAGGCUGCGGCUAUCCGCCCGACGUGGAAUGCAACAACACGUUCGCUUCGGCCUACGGCAUCCUGGGCGCCAAUUUCUCCUGCUACUACUCACUGAUUGAUCCCACCCUGGCCAUCACCCAGCUCAAUAUCGCUAAAGUCCGGGCCGAACUCAUUUACUGCCUUACGAUCCCCAUCAUCCUGUUCGUCAUCUCCGUCGUCUAUCUCUUCUAUGCCUAUUUCAAACUCUACGCCGAGCCGUCGUCCGACGGGCCGGCCGCCACUCCCAAAGGCCCGUCCAUGGACUUUGACGGAGAAGGUAGCCAAGUGGAAGGUGUGGUGGUCAGCCAGCCCAUCAGCUCUCCGAUCAACACCGGGGGAAAGUACGGACUCCUCUACCAGUUCCCGUCACCCGAUAGCACGCGGAUCAUCCGGCGGGCUAAAAGUGGCGGAGCCAUUACUACUCUAUCGGCUGCUCCGGCUGCUGGCAUAGCGAGAGGCAAAGCCUCCAGCAAGGAGACGGCCAUCCUUUUGGCUGGAACCAAAAAUUCAACAGCAGCAGCAGCAGCAGCAGGCAACUCGCAACCGCCCAUCAGUAGAGGAAUGAGAAUAUCCAAAUCAAUGGGCGACUCGAGGAGAAUAGCUUCGUCUUCGUUGUUGAGCCCCAAUGACGCCACUUGUCCGAAAACGUGCACUGUCUUCACAGCAGAGCGUACCAAGGAAUGGCACACAUCAUCAGUUGGAAUCCGCGCCAACAUUUCGCAUCAACAAGUUCACAGCAGCGCCUCACCUUCCGAGGAAGAAGUCACUCUUCCCGUGUAAAAAUUUUUAAUAUGCUUUUAACAAAAGUGAAAAUCUUGAUCCUGAAAAGCUGUUCAUCACUAUAAUAUUCGGUUUGUCUCUCUAUUACAUGCUGCGAGUCCUACUGUGCUAUUUCCACUAUAACCGAAUCCAAAGUUUCCGCAAUUUCCGUUGGAUUUCUGGCCUCUGCAUAUAACUAUGAUCGUUUAAGGCAUUAAUUCCUUCAUUUUUACAUCACCCCGUGCGAAGAUUUCCCUUUCCAAUUCCUCGUUAUGACAUGAGACUUCUGUUCAUUCCAUUUAGAUUUGCCGUUCUUCUGAUCCUUUUUGCAUCCAUUCUAGUAUUUAACCACCCGUUUUCGUCUCUCGAGCCUCCCCUUAUUAUUAUGUAAGGACUUGAAUUUUCCAAACAUUUUCAAAUAAUGUUUUCCUGCUGCAACGCAUCUGAAACGGGUUUUUACUAAAAGUGGGCUGCCGUGUCGUACUCAGUAUAUUUGCUUACGUACUCUAAGCUACACAAGCAAUUCACAAAUCGUUUUCUAUAUACUUCAUUCCGUAUGCUGCGUUUCAAAGCUUUACGCAAUCUUAUUCCCGCAAAUUAUUUUGGGAAAUGUAAUUAUAUAACAGUGUUGUGUUAUGAAUUGAGUUGGAUUUUUUUUUUACAGCGCUUGUUCUGGGCUAUGAAAUAGGCUAACAUUUGCCGAUUAUAAUUCAAUAACCGCGAUUAAAAGGCUAUAAAUUAAAAAAAAA